AAGCUCUCCACGUGAUGCGACAAGGACACCCUUGCCUUGGCAGUGCGUAAUGCGCCCCGUCGCAACUCGGCAAGUCAACAGCCAACAGCGUCAAUACCCUCCCAUGUCCCCGCCUCGGAACCUCUCCACGAUACCCCAUCCACACACCCAAUAGAGUCUCGCCGACACGCCCACCAUGUCCAAUCUCAUCGACGCAGAGGCCGGCACCGAGCGCUUCGGCGGCUACGAAGCAGAGCUGAAGCUCGUGCAAGCCGACCUGUCGCAGCAAAUCGAGCAGAUCAAAGACACCACCGGGGAGCCGCGCAAAGCGGCAAUCAGCAGAGCGGAGCGCGCGCUGGAAGAGGCCGAUGAGCUGAUUGGCCAGAUGCGCCUCGAGAAAAGUAACAUUCCGGUGAACUUGAAGAGCAAAUACAACGCCAAAUUCCGCAACUUCGAAUCCGACCUCGACGCCACAAAGCGCAAGCUGCAACAGUACACCAACGACAAAGCGAAGCUGUUCGGCUCGCGCUACACCGAUGACCCAGAACAGGGUGAUGCGCAGCUCGAGCAGCGACAGCAGCUCUUGUCCGGCACAGACAGGCUGAACCGGUCCUCGGGGCGCCUACGAGAGUCGCAGCGGAUAGCGCUCGAGACGGAGCAGAUUGGCGCGGGGACGCUGAGUGACUUACAUCGCCAGAGGGAGACGAUUGAGCAUACGAGGGAGAGGCUGCUCGAGAGUGAGAGCUAUACGGAUAGGAGUAUCAAGACGUUGAGGGGCAUGGCAAGACGGAUGGCUACGAACCGCAUUAUCACUAUUGCGAUCAUCACCGUACUGGUACUGCUCAUCAUCGCUGUGAUCUGGAGCAAGUUCAGAUAAGCAUGUUUCGUUAGCGUUCUCGUUCGGUUCGGCGUCUGGAGCAUCUCUACCGUACAUAUUGGCUCAAGCUCAUUCAAAUGCGCUGAAUGACAACUUUCAUCAUCUUUCAUCAUCUUCAUCUUUGGAUCGCUGUGUGCGUACCAAUUCAUGGGCUGUUGUAGUUGCUUUGCAUGAUGUAAAGCACGUGAAGUCGGAUCGUCAGCUGGUCAUUAUUCCAUUCAUGAAGCAGAGUGAAGGCCUCUGCGGCCUGCUUCGCUGACAGUAGUUACACCCUAUUACACCUUCUCGUCAAUGUCCCGGAACAAAACAAUAACG